AUGGCUGACUACCAAGGCAAGCUCUUUGUAACUGUGCUACAGGCCCAGAACUUGGUUAUUAAACAGGAGAAGUCAAUGGCACAGGAAUUGGCAGGUAGCUUGUUACAGGGUAUACAAAAGAUACAGGCAUUCUCAAGUAGUAAUGUGAAGAAGUUGGCACCUAUAUUCACUGCACCAGGUGGUAGUGAGUCUACUACAUCUGCCACACCAACAACACCAACAGUUGGUAUAAUGGUCAGUGCAGCAUUCGAAGGUGGUCAUCCUGAUGACACUGUAUUCCGCACCACAUUGUCUGGCAACUUGACCGAGCCCAAGUGGAACGAAUCGCACACAUUCAACGUGAUCAAUCCUUGCGCCACAAUGCGCUUCCAGAUCAUACUCAAGUCCGAGACGGAGGGCCAGGACUUUUUGAUCGGCACAUCGCUCAUGUCCCUGAUCGACGAGGCACAUCUCUGGGGCCAGAAGCCAGUGGCCAAGUGGAUCAACAUCACCAAGAAGGUCGUGGCAUCCACCACAGACGACUCAUCAUCAUCGUCAUACACGGACGACGAGAUCGUCGGCAGGAUAGAGCUGCAGUUGCAGUACAAGUACCGCAAUGUAUGGGACUGUGUCUAUCAUGGCAAGCUGUUGCUAGUCGAGAACAAGUACGAGGACGCGCUGGAGCAGCUGACAGAGGCGGUCGAGAACAUGCCAACCAAUCCCCAACUCUACACAUUGAUUGUCGACUGCCACAUUGGUCUCAAGAACUAUGGCAAGGCCAUCGAGAAUGCCGCCAAGAUCAUCCAAUAUGAUCACGGCUACACUGGUCUGCUUAAGGCGGCACGCGUCCUAAUGAUCGCCGGCCAACUUGAAAAGGCACAAUCAUUCAUCGACAAGGCCAAGACCAAGUCGGACAACAGCGAGGAGAUAUACAACUCCCAGAUGGAGCUUAGCCACUUGUUCGAAGUGGACAACAUCAACAAGCUGGUCGAUCAAGGCUCAGCAGACUUUGCCAAGGGUGACUAUGUCGCCGCAGCGGCCUCCUUCACCAAGGCCAUAGAGAUCAAUGCACAUAGUCCAGUUCUAUACGAGUUGCGAGCCAUCUGCUAUGUAUGUGCCAAGAACAACGCGGCAGCAAUAGUCGACACCAACAAGAUAUUGGAGAUCGAUCACAACUGGCCCAAGAAGAACAACACCAUGAGUGGAUACAUGAUGAAGGAUGGUCAGAUCAACGUAAUGGCCAAGAAGCGAUGGUUCGGGCUAAAGUCAAUCUUUAUGUUCUAUUACAAAGACAUCAACGAAUUCAAUCCACAAGGAGUGAUCUGUUUGUAUGACUUUGGAUGCGCUCCCAAGCCCAAUCAAAAGGAGAAGUUCCAGAUCAAGACAAAGGACAGGGAAUACUAUCUGAGGGUGGACAGCAACAAGCCUCAGGAGUUUGAUCAGUGGAUCGCUGUGCUCACUAGGCUCUCUAGGACAAAGCCCAAGGUGCCCUCGUCAAGGGAGAUCCAAGACGACAUUAUCUGGCGCAAUAUAUAUCAAAAGAAGCAGGGCGCCAAGACAUCGUUCAUGUUGCCCGAGGUGAUGAUGCUGCCCGAGACCCUGUUUGUCGAGUCUGGUCGCUUCGCCUUCUCGAUCGGUGACAAGAUCAAAGCCAAGUUGUCAUCGGUGGCACAGGCUGACUGCACCAUCACUGGAUGGCUCUACAAGAUGGGCGCCGUCAACAAGGGCUGGCAGAAGCGAUACUUUAUGAUCGCAAACAAUCAACUGUAUUAUUGCAAGAUUGCCUCGGGAGAGGAGAAGCAGCCGCUGAUCACACCAACGGGCAUCUUGCCACUCGAUGGCGCCAAGCUCGACGCCAGUCCAUCGGCCGUUGCCAAGGCGCACGCGUUCAUCAUCAUGACCAGUCUUCGCAGGAACUUCAUCGUGGCUGCCGACUCUGAUAUGGACAAGGAGCGAUGGCUGCGCGCCAUAGUCCUUGCCAGUGGUGCUCCGUUGCCCGUGCAAGAGACCGACACUGUUGUAGUCAGCAGUGGAGGUGUUGGCGAGGAGGUACCAACAUCAGACUCAUUGUUCUCCAAUCGAAACAAGAAGAUCAAGUCACUGAGAGCGGUCCCCUCGGCAGAUGAUCAACUACAACAACAGCAACAGCAACAGCAACAAUACAACAACAACUACAACAACAACAACCUACGAAGGAUCAACACCAAUGAGAUGUCCGACUCUGAGUCCAGGUACUUUGCCAAGUUUGGACUGAAUGGAAACACACAGGCACACGCUAUAGCUCAAGCAGCACCAAUCAUCAAGUCCAACAAUCAAUCAUACAACAACAACAAUAUUAGUGGAUCACAAUCAACACUACCAUCAAUGCCACCAACACAACAACAACCAUUGCCAUCAUCAUCAUCUCCACACAACUCAUACAGAUCAAUUGGAAGACCAGUGUCCUCUGAGAUCCACAAUGUACUCGAUGAUGACGACGAUGAUUACCACAACUCAUCAUCCAACGUCGGACUACUCAGUGGACAUACCAAAGGCAUCAACGACGAUGUCGAGGAAGGAGGUGCCUCCAAGAGUAGACGAUGCCAAUGUGCCUGUACAAUCCAAUAA